AGCUCGUAUGGUCAACCGGAGCGGAAAUUACUGCCACUAAUCCUCGCGUCCAAGGAGUGUUUAUUUGAGCUUUGAAUUGCCAAGUUAUGGGCCAGUUUCAUAUUAGGCAGAAGACAAGACAAGCCCAUUUGUGACUGGACCAACUGUUCUAUGUCGAGGACCGUAAUAAAACCCACCUCGCAUGCUUGCAAAUUGCAGUUUUUGCCCUGCUCGUUGCUCGCUCUCUCGGCAGUGGUCCUCUUUGCGCGCCAUCUGCUCGACAAAAUUCUUCUGUUAAGGUUUUUGCUGCGAUUUAGACUCCGAAAAACUGAGAUUGCUGAUGCAAGAUGGUUAAUGCCACUAAAGGAUUGUUCAUAUCCUGUGACAUACCCAUGGCGCAAUUUAUCAUCAAUAUGAAUGCUACGCUGCCUACAUCACAGAAGUUUAUUAUUCAUGUUUUGGAUGGCACUCAUCUCUUUGUGCAACCCCAUGUAGCUGAAAUGAUUCGAAGUGCUAUUGCUGAGUUUAGAGACCAAAACUCCUAUGAGAAGCCUUCUUAAUUUAUUUUUGUUUUUCUUCUUUACGUUAUUUAUCACUCCGUUGUUAUUGAGACAUGUGCAUCUUUGAUAAGUACUUUGCUUUGACCUUCUUUGCUUGCAUCUGUAUAUUUUAACUAAAUAUAAUCUCUUGUAAUUCCCUUCGAGUUUAGAGCCCCUUGUAAGAACAACUUUAUUACUAUACUAAAAUCUUGAUGGAUGUUUCUGAGAA